GGGCUCGAUGUCCUCCUGUCCCGAAAAUGAAAGAACAUUUUCACAAUGACAGCAGAAGAGGUUGAAUCACUGAAGAAGCAGGGCAACGAGUGUGUCCGGAAUAGUAAUUUUGCGGAAGCCAUCAUUCAUUACACCCACGCUGUCCAGAAAGAUGCCAAGAACCAUGUAUUGUACAGUAAUAGGUCACUGGCAUUCUUAAAGAUGCAGCAGUUUUACUAUGCACUAGAGGACGCUAAAGAAACAAUUAAACUUCAGCCGUACUGGGCCAAGGGGUACUUCAGGAAGGGAGAGGUCCUGUAUGCUGUAGGGAAUCACGAGGCUGCUUUGUUGUCCUAUGAGCAAGCAUUUAAAAUUGAACCCAACGACAAAGGAAUUACAGAGGCAAUCAGUAAAACACGGAGAGAGAUGACAAAGGAAAGGAAAGAGAAUGCGAGACGUCCGUGGCUGUGGGGAGGUGGGGGCGUGUUACUGGGGGUGAUAGUUGUAUUCUGUGACCAGUGGAUGACAGAAAAACCUGUUCUACAGUAUCUGGUACUACAGAUUUUACUAGUAGCUGUUUUUGGUGGUCUUUCCCUGCUUGCAUCCUUUGCAUUCAAAUUCAUACACAACAAUGACAAAUCUAGCUUAUUGGAACCCCCUUUUGAUUUGUUUGGUGAUUCAGGUAGCAAACAGAAUGAAGGAGGAGGUAAAAAUUCAGACCAAAGUCAAACCUCAGAGAAACACGCACAUCGGCGGGGAGGGGCAGGAACAGGGAGGCAGAGGUACAGGAUGGGGAAGUCCUGACAACUUCAUCGCCAUAGAGAUAGGGGUACAUAAUGGACAAUUUGUGAUAGCCAUGAUAGGGAUGCAGAAUGGGGAGGUCAACAGUACUCUCUGACUACGGAAACAGAUUUCUCUGCGUUAGCUUAAAUGUAUGUUCUGUUGGAAGAUGUAAUACAUUGUAAAUGAAAGUUGUAUGUGACAGUAAAUAUAAAUGUGCGAUAUAUUUAUUGAUUAACUUCAUGUACUGUAAAAUCUGUGUAAAAAAGUCUUGGUUCAUGGGGAUUUGAUUUCGUGGAUGUAGAAUUAAUGAGUAGUUAC